AUGACCAAGCGUUUGCCCCAGGCAUUGCUAGUCAAGGUUGCCAUCGGUGAUCUGAACGGUCCCCUGGAGGCUGUUGUUGCGAUGCUGGAGAACUGCGACACCGUCAUCUCCUGCAUGUCGCCGGUGGCUCUGAAAGAUCAAAUCCCGCUGGUCGAUGCCGCCGUCCGAGCGAGCGUCAAACGGUUUCUGCCCUGCAACUGGGGGACGCCCUCGGCCCGUGGCGGUAUUUUGGCGGUGAAAGACAUCAAGGAAGAAAUUCACGAUUACAUCUUCCAACACCGGCUGGGAUAUACCAUCAUUGAUGUCGGCUUCUGGUAUCAAGCGAGUCUGCCUCGGGUGCCGAGCGGCAAGUUUGACAGCGCCAUCUUCAUACCGAUCAAUGAUGUCUAUGCCGGCGGAGUGACCCCAAACAUGCUGACGGACGUCAGAGAUGUAGGGAGAAUCACGGCUGAGAUUAUCAAGGACGACCGAACGCUCAACCAUCGAGUGAUCGCGUAUGGGGAUGUCUUGAGCCAGAAUGAAAUCCACCAAAUCAUCGAGGACAAGACCGGGGAAAAGCUGCAGCUCUCCACGAAGACGAAUGACGAAGCUCACGCAGCGCUGAAACAGGCAAAAGCAGCACUUGGAAGCAACCCGGAUGAAAAGACCAACCGGUUCUUGUUUGCUGCGGCACAAUAUGCCAUCACCAAGUAUGUUCGAGGUGACAAUACGCCCGAAAACGCCAGGUAUUUGGGAUACAUCGACGCGAACGAGCUUUUCCCAGAUUUCAAGUACAGAAGUUAUGCAGAGUUCAUCGACGAGGUGAUUGCCGGGAAGACUGAGAGGCUUUACCAGGAUGUGCAGAUCUGGAAACCAUCGUAG